AUGGAAGAGAGAAACAAAAUUGGGAUUAAGAUAAAGAAGCUGGGGUUCUGGAAAUGGGCCAUAGCUUCCGUCAUAUUCAGACUAAUCAUGAUCUAUUCAUCGGAAAAACUCAACCUUUCUACCCGGCCGGAAGUCUCUACUCCGGUCACCAGCCUGCGCCGCUUGGCGGAGGGUUACUGGCUAAAGCAGUUAUCGAUGUCGCCGUAUUCGGGUUCAAUGUACCAUGGAUCGCCGUUAUUGCUCUCGGUGCUCGGACCACUAACUGUGAAUAGUAUAUUCUUCCGAUAUCAUUCAGCGUAUACAUUAUCAGCUCAUUUUGGAUAUAGUCUGGUUUCUGUGGUUGCAGAUUUUGUGAGUGCAGUUCUCAUCCGUGCUACUGGGCAGAGUCUUCUAACAGCACAUGCUCACACUUUGAAAUCAUUAGGACUUGAUAAACUGACCAAGGACGUAGAGAUUCUUCCCUCUGGCGAUGUUGCUGCACUUGUGUAUCUGUGGAACCCUUUCACAAUAGUCUCAAGCAUUGGGUUUAAUACAUCACCUAUCGAAAAUCUGUUUGUCAUCUUAUCUCUUUAUGGAGCAUCUUCAGGGCUAAUUCCGUUGGCAGCUUUUGGAUGGGUCGUGGCAUCACACUUGUCUCUUUAUCCAUUGGUUUUAGUUAUCCCCUUAAUCUUUAUAUUAGGUUAUGGUAUGGAUGCACCACCGAGAAAAUUGUUUACAAAAAGUGACCGACAAGCAGAAAAGAGUUCAUCUGAACAUGUGGACCUCAAGUCCGUGACUACUAAGCCCAUAAAACCGACAUUUUCCUGGCGACGUGUCAUUCUUUUCAUUUUAUGGGCAUCAAUAUGGAUAUGCUAUGUGUUAAUUCUGUGUGCUAUCGCUAUGAGAGAGUAUGGUGGCCUUGAUGAGAUGUUUAAGAGGACGUAUGGGUUUAUCCUUUCUGUUGAAGAUUUAUCUCCAAAUAUUGGUGUUUUAUGGUACUUCUUCGCAGAAGUGUUUGAUUUUUUCCGAAAUUUCUUCCUGAUAGUUUUCCAUGUGAACAUCCUAUUCAUGAUUUUGCCUUUAGCUAUAAGGCUAAAUCAUAGGCCCUGCUUUUUGGUCUUUGUUUACAUGGCUAUCUCUUCAAUGCUAAAAUCAUAUCCUUCAGUUGGGGACUCGGCCUUAUACCUCGGCUUGCUGGGACUGUUUGUGAAUGAGUUAGCAGAAAUGCAAUUUUCAUUCUUUCUCUUUUGUGGAUAUGUUGGAGUUUCGCUUUUGAGCCCUGUGAUGCACAAUUUAUGGAUUUGGAGGGGGACUGGAAAUGCAAACUUUUACUUUGCAACUGCAAUGGCAUAUGCUUGUUUCCAGAUUAUUCUGGUGGUUGAGAGUGUGAGUACUAUGCUCAAUCAUGAUAGGAAGAUAAAAAAAAUCUGCAAUGGUGCCAAAGAUUAA